AAGUGUGGAUGAGCCGCUUUACCUGAAGGUCACCGACAUGUUCUGGAGCUCAGCAGGUCAGCGGGGAUCAGCCGGACUCCACCGCUGCUGGUCCCUCACACUCAGCCGCAGGACUCUCACCGUGCCCCGGUGUCCUCUGCAGCGCACUCCGCGGUCCUUCUCCAUCUCCGCUCCGGGUAGGUGUCCCACACAGGAGGAGGUGCAGCCGUCCCUGAGGCGGUGGGCUCUGGCCGUGAGCCCCUUCACCACGGUGCGGGCACAGCUGGGCUGCAACAUCUCCGUCCGCCCGCUGGACCCGCACAAGUACCCCGAGGCUGACCGAGCCUUCAUCACGGUCCACGGGACGGGCAGCGAGCAGGAGGUCGGUCUGGAUCAUCUGCACGUCCACUACGAUGAGCAGAGCAAAGAGCUGCUGAUCUCUGCUGAGAAGGUCACCAGCGACGUGUCCAUUGAGAUGGCUGCACCCAUCAAAAGUAAUCUCUUCAUUACUACUCAAGGAAAAGGCAACGUGCAAGUGAAGAAAAUGGAGUGUGACAUCUGCAAGGUGCAAACUGAAAAGGGCAACUGUGUUCUGCACUCUGUCAAGGGUCAUCAGGUGGAGGUGCAGUCCCAUGGAGGACAUGUUACCGGCAUGGGAACCAUCCAUGGCAAUGUGGACAUCAGCACACGUGGAGACAGUGCAGUGGAUGUGAAGAAGCUCCAGGGCACCACAAUGAACGUUUCCACGGAGCGCGGCCCUCUGAAGGUCAAAGCCAUCUACGCUGAGUCCAGCUGCGUCUCCUCCAGCUCUGGCAGAGUGGAACUGGGACAUGUACACGGUAACACUACUGUGAAGAACAUUUCUGGAGAUACAGUUAUAGAUGGUUCGAAUAGUUUCCUGAAGGUUUCCUCUCAGAACGGAGGCAUUGAUGUCUACGUGGGGGACGGUGGCAGCGCUGAGCUCCACAGUCAGGAAGGAGCCGUAAGUGUGCGUGUCCCGUCCUCGUUACGAGCUGGGGUGGAGCUCCGCGGAGCAUCGGUGGAUAUCAGCCCGGAGGUUGUUCUGCAUGGACUAGAAAACAACAACACCGAAGGCCUCACCACAGUUACUGGCUACAUAAAUGGAGAGUCUGAUCGGUGGGUAAAAGCUCAGGCAGACAGAAGCUCUGUCAGACUGAAGACACAAAGCUGGUUUGAGUCCCUGAAGCUGGGGGCCUGAGGGACAGGAUUUCCAGAGUCAUAAUGCUGCACCACUGCAGUGGGUGUCAACGUGGAGGCGGAUUUUACUGCAUCCCCUCGAGACUGAAUGUUAUUUUACCCUGCUUAAAUGUUUACCUCCAUACUCAGGAUUUAUUGUAUUUAAUAAGAAAAUGACUUGUAAUCUAAAGUACUUUUCAAAUGUUGUGAUAUGUGUUAGAAAUACUUGUACAUAAAUACCCCACUGAGUUUGGAAAGUAUCCUGUAAAUGCGCACACCAGGGUUGACUAGUGCCGAACUGUCACUUUGAUUUGAAUGUUAAAAAGAAACUUGCUUGCUCUUAUUUUUA